UUGUGACCGCUGUAAUAAUACAAUAAUUAGUGUUCAUAUAUGAUAUUAAAAAUGGAAUUGUCCACAAUUGUGUACGUGUUUGCUAUAAUCGCCACAGUAAGUGGAUCAAAUCACAGAGCAGCGCGUUCACCACGCCUGGUUGGUGGAAAUGAAUAUUUUAUAAAUGUAAUGCAAGAAUUGGUGUUUGAAUUGGAGAAAUAUGGUUGGUGGAAUUUAAAAAUGUUAGAUAUAUCUCAGACGCUAAACGAACAUAUGUAUAACUGGCAUGUGUCCGGUACAGUCAACUACACAAAUGGUUUCGUCGUGUCCAUAGAAAAGAUUGACUUAUCAGAUAUUAACUCACUGAUGACUAGUAGAACAGUCAACGGUACAUUAGAAUGGCACGGUAGUGUCAGAGGACAUAUCAAUCUGAGAGACAUAAGGAUUGGCUAUGACGUAAUAGUCAAUUUAGACGGACAGCCAGAACAGAGAUAUACCGGAGUAUUCAGACAUUCUGUUAUAAGAAUCCUUUGUACGAUCAGUAAGAAUAUGAACGAUAAACAAAAGACGAUGCACGCGCAGACGGCUAACGUGAACGCAGUCAAUGGAGUCCGAAUGAUUUACCUACCAGCUAACCAUGUUACACAAGUCAUAUCUAGACGGUACUUACCUCGUAACAACUGGGAUAGUGUAAACAGCUGGUGCAGAGACGUUGUACAGCCAAGACUACAAAAGGUUGCUGAAAAAAUACAAUAUCCAAGUGUCUGUUUUGCCUGCUAAUAUCAAGUUAAACAUCUUUCUAAUAAUUGUUUCAUUUAA